GAGCUGACAUUCCCGCGAAACCCAUCGCCGAUACCAAUAUAUAGUCAAUUGCCGAACACAUCGGCGGACACUUUGCUCAACACAUGUUCGCGAAUGAAUGGCAUUCAAUCAUCAAAUGGCAAAGAGAUGUCGGCAAUCGGCGAACCUUUUCUCAAAAAGAGUGUCCAAAACACUGCCGAACAGAACAACGCGGAUGUGUUUCGUCAGCCGAGGACUGCGCCCCGAUUUGGACUCAAAGCGAAGGCCAACAUCGCUGCGCCCGUCUCCGAGCCAACAGCCUCUCCGUCCAGACCUGAACCGAAAGCGCCUCUAAAUCAGGCGCAGAGCAAACUGUUGGCCAAACUUAAGGAAAAAUAUACACAACUAUCAGAUGAUAUUCUGGUGGACAGUAUGUCACAAACGAAGAAUCAAUUGAUCACAACCGGGUCAGCAAAGACUCGUCCGAAUGGUACGAUUCCUGCUCUCAAGUUAAUGACCGACAACUUGACGGACGCUCUGAAUGGCGGACAAAAAGCCCCGUCUUAUGAGAUGAAAGGCUGGACUCAAGUGUCGCAUAAAAUGGCCGCUAAUGAUGAGGUGAUGUGUUCUAUAUGUAUGGAACCCAUGUUUAUGGCCAAUAGAUAUGAGACUGAAUGUCACCAUUUGUUUCACUCAGAGUGUAUCACAAGUUGGGCGCGAAGUGACGGCACGUGUCCGAUAUGCCGAAGCCAUGUCCUGCCGCCCGGCGAAUACCCCGUACUUUAAAGUGCAUUCAUAUUCAAAGUUAUGCCAAUCAAUGGUAUCUAAAUUGAAGUGUGAUUUUAAAAAAAAUAUAAAUUUACGAUAUAUUAAUAAAUAGAAAGUAAUUGUUUACUAAUUUUUGCACAUUUAUAAACAAUUUGUUACUUAAAUAAUACAAAUAUAAUACAAUUAAUUACACAAAUGUUUUAUCUCAUUAACUAUUACUACAUAAUCACAUAAAAAUAUAUAUUGAAUAUUGACUUUUAUAUAACUAUAAUAAUAAUAAUAGG